GUUUCAACCUUCAACUCUUGUUUUCUCAGCCAAUAAGCAAACGAGGUUUUGCGGCGCAGUGCGUAGUUACGUUACGUAAACCCCUUAGGUUACGUUACGUAAGUUCCAGAGAGCAGGAAGUGUGAUGUGGCUUUGACUCCCAAAAAUGUCGGCCAUUUUCAACUUUCAGUCACUGCUUACAGUGAUUCUCCUCCUGAUCUGUACCUGUGCCUACAUCAGAGCACUGGCUCCCAGCCUGCUAGACAAGAACAAGACCGGGCUUCUAGGAAUUUUCUGGAAGUGUGCCAGAAUAGGUGAGCGGAAGAGUCCCUGGGUGGCUUGCUGCUGUGUCAUCAUGGCGUUUAGUAUACUGUUUCUACAGUAGCAGUCCAAAGAAAACCGCAAAUGGAAACAUUGGAGAAAUGAACAAACAAGAAGGCAUGGACAAUAAUGAUUCCAGAAGCACAACAGGACCUCCAGUGGCUGUCACUUAGAUAAUGUAAAAAUGGGGACCCGUCACCACUCACCGUAGCCACGGAGAGAGAAAAUGUGUCUGUGUGGGAGGAGGGGUGAGCUGAUAGCCCCAGAGUGUGUCUAGAUCCCUCCACAGACUUCCAGGUCUGUCCUUGUGUUUGCAUAUGUGGAACGUUUACUUCAGAUGUAUGCGGGUGGGUGAGGGCCAGUUCUUUGUAUUAUCUGCCAUUUAGUUUCAAGGAAAAUAUAAAUCAUAAUGUGCGAUCAAAUGAUACAUUGUUUGUCCAAACAUUUCAAACAGAUUUUUCCCCCCUUGAAUUUGUCACAAUUGCAUCAAUCUGUUUGAAAUUCUCCAAAAAAAUUCUCCACCAUCUUAAAUGUUCAUGACUGUUAAGCGAUUCACACAGAGACUUUGUUUGCUGUAUCUAAAAAUGGAUCAUACUUCACAGCAAACAAAAUGGUGUUAUAGCUCUUCAGAUGUCAAAUUGUCCCAUAUAUUUGUUGCAAAGAGCUGCUGAUGUUUUUAAAGUCAGUCAGUUUGUCGUAUUUAUUAAAGAACCUUUUUGGAAA